UUCUGCAGGGUCGACACGUUGCCCUCAGAGCUUUUUCUGCUCGUCGGUACAAUGAUGUAACUGUGAUGCGUCGGUCACGUAUCGGAGGAGAUCAGUGUGAUGUCACUGUCUGGUCACGUGAGUCCUAAACCAGACUAAGAGGAUUAUUGCGUUUCCUCUUCAGUCUCUGAUUUAUUCACACAGAAGAAGAAGAAACAGUCCCGUGGAUGAACAGAUGAUCGAUCGAUCGAUCGAUUGAUUCGCAGAUGAAGCCGAAAGUGUUUCUGCUGCUGAUCUGCUGCGUAUGUCUGCAGAGAGUCGCCUGCAGUCUGCCCGACUUCACGCCUGCAACACCUCUGCUGCAGGUUGAAGUGUCAGUAAACUCUCUGACGAAGAACGGGUUCAGUCGACUUCCUGGACUCUGUCGACGCCUAAAGAGACGCAGAGUCACCGUCCUGUGUAACCUGGAGAAAUUCUGUUGGCGGGGGCAGAGUCGGGGCUGGAGUCAGAAGAAUCCGUCCGGUCAGGUGUGUCGUUGUCCACGGGGCUCCAGGUGUUCACAUUUCUUUGUCCACAGUCUCUGAACCGAACGUUUCACCUUUAAAUGAUAAAAACGUCCUCACUCAGAGGAAGAACGUCACAAACCUUUGACCUGCUGGGAACAAACUAUGUUUCUAAAGUCUUGAAUUCUUCCAUAAAUUUUCCAUUUUUCCCUCAUUUUCUUUUACGUUUUUCUCUCGACAGCAGAUUUUCCUGCCUGUUAGUAUAAAGGUAUCAAACUGUGUUUUUAACACUUAAACAAAUCAUCCUCUGCACUGUUGCUAUAAAAAAUUCUGACCGAGAAGUUUUAAAUGCAGAAUAUAAUUUAUUUUUAUGUUUAUUAUUUAUUGUGUUCAUUUGUAAAACUACUCCGGGUGGAUGUCAAACAUUAUGUGACAAUAUUGAUUGUACCUGAUAAUAA